AUGCAUCGUAGCGUAAUCGCAUUUAUCCAGGCUGUAGCCUUUUCAGCGCUCUUCGAUCUCAGUCAAGCAGUCCCGUACUCAAGCAAACUGCACAAGAAUACAGCGCUCGUUCUCAUCGACAUACAAAAUGAUUUCAUCACCGGCUCGCUGAACAAUUCACGCGCGCCUUCAAUACUCCCACAAGUCUAUAAACUCGUCGACGACCACGAGUGGCCCUUUUUAGUGGCCUCUCAAGAUUGGCAUCCAGAGGAUCAUGUAUCAUUCGCCCCUAGCCAUGAGGGCAAGAAAGCCGGCGAUAUCGUCCAAGUUCCAUUCGUCGAUACUCCUACCAAGGUUGAGAGCCAAAUGCUCUUCGCCCCCCACUGCGUUCCGGGAACCUGGGGCUCAGAAAUCGAACAAGAUCUUAAGAUGCGCCUCUACAAUCUAGAGGGCUAUCGCACGCCCGUACAUUACAUCAAGAAGGCGCAGGACCAUUCCGUUGACAGCUACUCCGCUUUCGCGGACAACCAGUACCAUAGGUUCACCACCAUGGAUUCCGAAUUAAGGCUUCACGGGAUCAAGACUCUCGUCGUCGCGGGAUUGAUUACGGAUGCCUGUGUGCGAGGUACUUGCAUUGAUGGCAUCAAGUUAGGCUACGAGGUCAUUUUGGUGGAAGAUGCGACAGAGACGCUUAGCGAUUCGAUCAAGGCUGCCACUAUUGAGGAACUGAAAGGCUGGGGCGUACAGGUCGUCCCCUUGGAGCAAUGGGAAAAGAAUAAUCCCACAGGAUCAAUUAAGCAUACAGAGUUGUAA